CUGACUGACACAACAGUAAAAUUACACAUGGGUACCCCAAUAUCUCCUACGCUGUGUUGGUUUCUCUCCAGUCUUCUCGUAACAGGGACCCACGGGAGGAAUGUACUGCUUAUAAUUGGUGAUGACGCUGGCUUUGAGAGUGAUGCCUAUAACAACACAGUCAUUAGGACCCCCCACCUGAGCGAGCUGGCCAGGAGAAGCCUUAUCUUUAAGAAUGCGUUUACCUCCGUGAGCAGCUGCUCGCCAAGUAGGGCGUCAAUCCUCACUGGCCUACCCCAGCACCAGAACGGUAUGUACGGACUGCAUCAGGAUAUGCAUCACUUUAGUUCGUUUGAUUCUGUAAGAAGUUUACCGAUGCUGCUUACGGAGUCAGGAAUCCGCACAGGUAUUAUUGGAAAGAAGCAUGUGGGACCAGAGCUGGUUUAUCCCUUUGAUUUUGCUUACACGGAAGAGAACAACUCCGUUCUACAGGUUGGGCGGAAUAUUACCCGGAUCAAGCUGCUGGUGCGGAAAUUCCUGCAAAGUGAAGACCAGAGGCCCUUCUUACUAUAUGUUGCUUUCCAUGAUCCACACCGCUGUGGACACUCUCAACCACAGUAUGGGACUUUCUGUGAGAAAUUUGGGAAUGGUGACCCUGGCAUGGGGACUAUCCCAGACUGGACUCCACAGUACUACACGCCUGAGGAAGUUCAGGUCCCAUACUUCAUCCAAGACACCCCCAGUGCCAGAGCUGACCUGGCUGCACAGUACACCACAAUUGGUCGGAUGGACCAAGGGAUAGGUCUGAUCCUUUCUGAAUUGCAGAGUGCAGGACAUGAAAAUGACACUUUGGUGAUCUUCAGCUCAGACAACGGCAUCCCCUUUCCUAACGGGCGCACUAACCUGUACUGGUCAGGUAGAGCAGAACCCCUGCUGGUCUCAUCCCCUGGUCACCCACAGCGAUGGGGACAAGUCAGUCAGUCCUACGCCAGUCUGCUAGAUAUUACUCCCACUAUCCUGGACUGGUUUUCCAUCCAAUACCCUAACUACAAGGUCUUUGGAAAGAGCAUACUGCUCACGGGGAAAUCUCUGCUGCCAGCACUGGAGUCAGAGCAGCCGUGGUCUACUGUAUUUGGCAGUCAAUCUCACCAUGAAAUCACUAUGUAUUAUCCCAUGAGAUCGGUCCAGUACCAGCAAUAUCUGCUUAUCCACAACCUCAACUAUAAAAUGCCAUUUCCGAUUGAUCAAGAUUUCUACGUUUCCCCCACUUUCCAAGACCUUCUAAAUAGGACAGUCGCUGGCCAACCAACCAACUGGUUCAAGACUCUCCAAAACUAUUACUACAGGGACCGCUGGGAGCUUUAUGACCGUUCUGUUGACCGGCUAGAGAGGAAGAACUUAGCUGGUGAACCUGCAUACCAGGACAUCUUCCGUUCCAUGCAGGAUAUGCUGAAAAAGUGGCAAUGGGAGACCUCGGACCCCUGGGUUUGUUCUCCAGAUGGAGUUCUAGAGGAAAAACUUGACCCAAAAUGCCGGCCUCUACAUAAUGAGCUUUAAAGUGCCAACCAAGCAUAUGUGUAUAACAUAUAAUGGCUACAGUAUUCCUUUUAACUCUUUCUUGCUAUUGCAUUUUGCCAGGUCUCUUAUACAGAAUAUAUGCAGUGGCUAAUUGAUGGAGUAGCCUUAUCCUUAUUUACACCCUUAAGCUCAGUCAACUUGGCUUAUAAAUCAUUUUGCACUAUAAAAAUCAAUGAAGUAAAAUCAUUUAUAUGAGACUUUGGACAUUUGCUUCAUAUUGGAGCCAAGAUCAUUGAAACGUAGCAAGCACUAUGAUAUAUUCCUUUUGUAUAUGGGGCACUUGUUGUUUUUUUUUGAAGAACAUUUUAUCUUAAAAAUUCCUAUUCCCCUGGAGUUUGGUGGGUGAUAUUGGCGACUCAUAUGUUGAGAUUAACAACUUGUCGAAUAUGUGAAUUACCUUAAUUUCUGUACGAAUGUGCAAUGUUUUCUAUUAUUUGUUGUACUUGUGUACUUAUCUUUUGAAUAAAGAAAAAAGAUUUCAUUAAAAAAAAA